UGUAUAGAAGACAUAGAUGUCACUCACUGCUCAGCCUGCUUCCAGCAGAUCUCCACUCCAAAAUUCAGAUGCAAGUUAUCAGCAAUGGGUUUGACAGAGUGAAUAGGCUGUUGUUUUAGGGUAUCUCUUCAAUCCUGGGACCUACUUAGUAAUGAUAGACAUGAAGACCUCUGAAAGAAGACAUGGAACCUAUGUGCCUAGUGAGUAUCAGUGGCUGGUAGACAAGAUGAUGUAAUAGACAGAAGGACUAUGAGUGAGGGUGUGUUGGAGGCAGAGAAACCAGAGACAUCCAAGCCAGCAAGAAAAUCUGGAGAAAUGUGUGUUGGAUAGACAGACUUGUGCUGCAGUUGAGAAUAUGGACACUAUAGAGAGCUGCUGUUUCAUGUGCUAAAAUAUGACUAGCAAUAUUCCAGUCUCUGCGUGCUAAUUCACUUAUUCCUCACGACAGACUCAUGAGAUGAAGCUCAGGUUCCUGCUUUGCAGAAGAAACUGCCAGAUAUUCUAUAGGACACAGAGAGAAGCAACUAAGAAACUCUAGGCGUAUAGGCUGAAGAAAGAUGCCCAACAUUUCAGAGGAACUUUGAAUGACUAUACAGGCAAGCAGCUGUCUCUGUCAUUUCCAGAAUUUUUAGAAGUUGCUUAAAAUGGUACUUCCUAUUUACUUAGGUGAUAUUCUCACACCUUGGCUCACAGACCAUCAGAGCUGUCCAGAUAUUAAAGGACCUUUCAUUGCUGGAGCUCCAAAGAAGAUCAGGAGCACCAUUCGCAGACAUAACAAUGCCACUCUUCUGACCCAAGAGCAGUUCCAACUUUUAAGCUCUCUGGAGAAUAUUUACAUCAAUAAUAACAUUCCCUGGAAAUCUUACCUUGAACUGAAGACCUAUCAGAUAAAAGCAGAAGUCCUGCUAAAUCAAGGCCUCACAGAGGAAGCACUUGUGAUGUAUCACAAAUUUUCAACACUCUUUAUGGAGAAACUCAGAAAAGGCCCGAAUAAGUGUCUUUCAGCUCGAAUAAGAUCCAAAAUCAACAAGACUAUAAAUAACAUUUUUGAAAAAUUUGAGAGCCUUAAAUUCACACUCCGAAGAAAUCAUACUAAGGAGUAUGAAGGCUACCUAGAUAAGAUGAAAAGAAAAGAGGAAGAGGCAAAAAACAAGGGGUUCGGGAAGCAUAGAAAAUAUCAUAGACGAAACUCCCGAGACUUCCCCAAAUUCAACUCUCUUCUACAAAGACUUAUGAGUCGUGGAAAGGUGGGCCCCAGCCUGACACCAACAUCUACAAAGUCUGAAGAGCCUUCAGGAGGAAGCACACCUGUGAAACAAACAGUGGUGUGUGGCCCACAGGAAGCCAUCGAGGAGAUAACCCCCACCCCUUCAGCAGACACUCCUGGGGAGACUAAGGUGGCGAAAAGCCCAGUUCCGAACUCCAAAGGCCUCCGCCCUGUGAUCCUUCCAAAAGACUUAUGGGAUAGGUUCCUGCUUUCUGCGAAAAACAACACCAAAAAAGGAGUGGAAACAUGCGGAGUCUUAUGUGGUACCCUGGAAAAGGAAGAAUACCACAUCAGUCAUGUUAUAAUCCCUGUGCAGAAGGGAAAGUCUAAUUACUGUUGUAUGGAGAACGAGGAGGAUCUCCUUUUUGUUCAAGAAGAGCUGGGGCUUCUCACCUUAGGUUGGAUUCAUACCCAUCCAACCCAGACAGCCUUCUUGUCGAGUGUGGAUUUACACACUCAUUUUUGUUACCAGAAGAUGCUCCCAGAAUCCAUUGCAGUGGUGUGUGCACCCAAGUAUAAACAAGUCGGAAUUUUUACAUUAACAUCUUAUGGAUUAAAAGUAAUAGAAUUCUGUCCCAAGAGAGGAUUUCAUUCUCAUAAUCAGGACUCAGCUCUCUUCUGUGACUGCAGUCACGUCACCAUCCAAAACAGCCUGGUGACUGUCACAGAUUUGCGAUGAGUUAAAUCCCACACACCUACAUCAGUGGGAGCCUGUGUGUGUGUGUGUGUGUGUGUGUGUGUGUGUGUGUGUGUGUGUGUAUUGUGCGUGUGUAUUUUGUUUAUAUGUGAGUGAAUGUAGGAUGGUGUAUGUGUAUAUGUAUAUGUGUUCAAUCUAUGUUGUGUAUGUUACAUCUGUUUCAUGUAUGUUACAUCUUUGUCAUGUAUGUUCACUGGUGUGUAUGAAUGGCACACUAUACUCAUUCACAGAGCCCAGAGGAAGACACUGAUGUGUGCUCUAUUAAUGAAUUAGAAUAGUAUAUCAGUCAUUCAUAAUGACUAGAAAUUGAUUUUAUUAUAUAGUUUACUUGUUAUUAGUUUUAGAUGAUAUUUUCUGGCCAGGAUCCAGUAUAGGAGUAAGGGCCCAAUGCACGCACUUGCUGGCUUGCCUCACCUGCCUCAGGGAGCCUAGAGGACAGGUUGUAAUGCCAACGCUCACUGUCCUGAAGACAGUCCUCCUGAGUGACCACUCUGGCUACAACACAACUCUAAAGGAUGUUUGGCCAAGAGAGAGAAGUCUACUUACCUAAAAAGCUUGUUUUGAAGUAUGUAAAGUUCCCUAGCUGUGAUGAACUCACCACUGAAGCUAAUGCUUACAGCAAACUGCAAAUAAAAAUGCUGUCCUGCACAAGGGAUGCUGAGACAAAUUCACUGCCAGUGACAGUCUGGCCAAAGCAGCUCACAUGAACUGUGCUCGGGCGCACACUCUCUGCUCACAUUGGCCCUGUCUAGAAAUUUCCCAUAAAUUUCACAGAAACUUGUAUUUUCUUUAUAUAAGUGUGUUUUGAAACAGAUUUGUAGUUUCUUAAAAAUUCUAUUUAGUUCUGUAAUUAAAGUUGAGUUUCGUGUCAA